GUAUUUGUUCAAUUUUCGUGGUGUAGCUGCAAGUUUCCGGCUAAAACAUCUUUUUCUAUGCGAGUCGUUAGUUUUUCAUGUCGGGGAUGAAUGGAUGGAGUUCUUCUACCUAGCACUUAAGCCAUGGGUGCACUAUAUACCAGUGGCUCAGGAUCUGAAAGAAACAAGAACUCUGAUAGAGUUUGCAAAGUCAAAUGAUCAAGUUGCCAAGGAUAUUGCUAAAAGAGGGAGGGACUUCAUAUGGAAUCACCUUCAAAUGGAGGAUAUAUCUUGUUAUUGGAAAAAACUGCUGAAGGAAUAUUCCAAGCUCAUCAAGUAUAAAGUGGUAAGAAACAAAGACUUGCAUCAGGUACUACCAUAGGAAGAGUAAGACAAGAAAAAUGUAAACACUUGUCACUCAAAGGUAGAAACAUAAUUAAGCAUCACCUGAUUUGUUGAAUUGUUUGAUCUGCAGUUAGGAAACAUGCCCAUAAAGUUAAACAAGCUAUUAAAUGUAUAAACAACGGUUGUUUCAACCGUAGACUGAUAAGUGUCGAAGGUGUCUUGGCGGUAUCUGCUUGACCAUGGAUUGAAAUUGUGUCUCUAGUAAGACGUCAGUUGUGAUUUGGUGGUGUUUUUUUUUCAGGGGGGAGGUGGGUUAAUAUUUUUGUAAAUUUGCGUAGCUUGCACCAAAGGUAAGACUUUGUGCAUCAAAUUUCUUGUGCAGCUGCGCGCAAUAAACGUACGAUUGAUUUCACGAAAACUUGGUGAAGCUGCCUAAUGUUUUAAAUAAUCUAAGCAUCUUGGACGAGGAUAAUAACAGCAUUUACGACGGCUAUUGUUUCGGUUUGCGGGUAACACAAUGUGGUAAUAACUACGCUCAGUAGAUAUUUAGUUUAUGAAAAGAACUUGUCCUGCUCAUUAAUCCACUUUCGCUUAGUAGUUUUUAGUAGAUCAGAACAGUCCUGCUUUAAGUUUUACAAAACAUUGAGGUUGCAUCCGAAUUCACAGUCUUGAGCUAGGUCUAGGUCUUCGCCGUUCGAAAAUACGCGGGGACCGGCUGACAAUUGUAGCUCUGUUCUGACCAUACCCUACUUGUGGGGUGAUGUUCCUUUCAUCACACAUCACCCCACUAUUUUAACAAUAGAAAACAUCACCCCAUAAGAGAAUCUUUAGAAAAAGGGACAAUGGGAACACAAUGGCCGGAGUGCCUGGAAGCACACGGCCCGAGGCGCUCGCUGGACGUCACGUUUGGCAGCCAUGCAUUGCAUGGCCUUAUGGGAUACUUACCCAAGCACCGGCUCGGCGAGUCGGCUCGGCGAGUCUGCCAGGCUUGAGUAAGCACAAGAGUCGCGUGAGAGGUAAAUCGAACGCUGUCGCGCUUGCACGAGUAAGUGCGGGGGAAUGUUCAAACGACCCCAAUACCAGGCUGAGAGCGCAGGUAGUGGUGUGUGCGUAAUUGCUCGACACCCUGGAAACGAGGUUGGAUUAUGAGGGUUUUUGCCAAAAUCAUAACGAUUUCCCUCACCAUCAAAAAGUCAUUGCCAACGAGUGAAUAAGGAGAGGUAAAGGACCGUCCAAUAAAUUACAUCAGCUCGAAAUGCCGAUUUUUUUUCAAUCCCACUCCCCCUGGGCUGUAUGCACGGCCAUUAGUUAGUGUGAACCCCUUCUGCAUGCGGUCCCUCAAAUGUAAUAAACUCUAUAGGCAAUUGACUGGUCGGAAGCACUUAAAAAAUAUCGAAAUGCCGAGGGUUGAAGAGUACAGUUUUAAGCUUUUCGAUGCAUAAAAGGUGGUCCUUGGAGGUAUUUAAUGUGAGAAAGUGCAUUGUUUUCAUAACAAUUUAGUGAAGGAAAACCGUCACUCUGCGUAUGUUCACAUUGGCUUGGACCCUUCCUCCCCCCCCCCCCCCUAUGCAUGGUGUAUACCGUGUUUAAUCUCCCCACACCCUUUCGUGCGUACGUACUUUAUGGGCGUACUCUUUUCUUGAAGUUGUAUCGCAUUUGUACUAAAAACAAAUGCUGAUUAGCCCUUUCUUGAACUUUUGGGCAAUGCAAAUGUUGCAAAUGAUUUAAUGAUGCCGUUUUAAGUCCAUUGACGAUUCUCCCAAUCGCCCCAACAUAAAAGGCAAACAUAAGCCUGAGGGCCAUUCUUACUCACGAAUGGCGCGUUACCGAGCGGCAUUAUCCGAAUUAAACUCCACCCGUGACGUCCCCUAUUGUUUCCAGGCUCCAUUAUUUUGGACAAAUGGAACGAUUUUGUUUCAUACAAAGACUUGUCCUUUGUCCUAUUGCGUAACUGUAAACUGUAUUAGAAUCAAUGGAAUUAUACAGAAUUGUACUGCGAAUAAGAAUAUGUUCUUACGUAAUCAAUACAAUGCUGGAUUCUAGACGCGCUUGGUACAAAUGCUAAACCCCACCCAGGCACCAUGCAUUCGUUCUUGAAUAGCGUGCUUAUAACACGCAGUGUUCAGUCUCAAUACGUUGGAGGAAAUAGUGCCGUACAGUGGAAUUAUAGCGUGCCAGGAAACCGUCUUUGAUAGGUGCUGAAACUAGCUCCAUGGAUAUAUCGGAUGAUAAUUUACUGGCCGCCUUAAACAUUGCCUGGGACAUAUACAAGACCAUUUCGACACUCCGAAUGAAUAUGAAGAUUGUAAACUAUUGAAUGUAAAGGUAAGAAGUUACCCUUUUUGUCAAGUAAAAAUAACAGCUAAUAAAAUCCAAAAUUUAAAUGUUGUAUGUUGAGCAUGAUAAUGUCAGAUACAUUAAGUUUUAUUGUUUAAAGCCCGGUUCAUACUUGUCGGCAUGAUAUUCGCACAUGCUUUCGCGUGAAGUAUUGAACCGGGCUUAAUUUGUUAUCUGAUUUAUUCAGAAAUCGUGUUUGCACUAAGACUGUUCUAAUUCGAAGCUUUCUGUGUCGUCACUUUGCAAUUGUCAAAGCUACCCUGUGCCUUUUACGGCUUUGUAAGACUUAAGUGGAUUUACAGGAAAACGACCUUAUGCUUCCGUCUAAUUGUUUGACCCCAAAAACUACUUUUCUGAUUUUGUUUUCUUCUAAUUCUGGCUAUACAGACUGUGGAUAGUGUCACGAAGAGGGUCAACACUGUAGCAGUCUCCAGUCAGACUACUUCGUAUCCAACGCAACUCGAGACUAUAACUACUCAUCAUUAGACAAAGGAAGGACGAGCUAAAACCACUAAAAAUUGCAAGAUUAAGAUUUUGGUGCAUUUUUUAAGCAAAACAGCUACAAGUCUUCCAGGCCGGGUUUACAUUGCACGAACGAUUUUCCUUCAACUGUUCUUGGACACCAUGGAAAAGACCUACACAUUUUUUCAGGAUGUUGAGUUCUUGCCGAUCAAGAAUUUCUAGGGCUGUAUGCUAGGCAUUGAAACCCAGUAACAAGAUUGAGAUAUAAAUUGUACUGCGAAACUUGUCAAAACAUUUGCUUUAACUGGAAACAUUUAUAUCGUUGAAACGUUCAUGCAACAGCAUGUAACUAUAUACGAACAUUCUGUGCAAGAAAAUAUGGUUCUUGACUUCCGCCUUAACACUGUAAGAAGAUGUUUUAGGAAAAAUUCCAUUUGAGAAACGGCGUAGCAUGCUAUAUAAGAAACAUAAAUGGUUCCUAAAUCUCACGUAAUCUACGAAUGAUGCAUAAAAUUCCAUUUGAGAAACGGUGUAGGACUUACGAGAAAAUUCUGUGCGAGAAAAAAAAAUGGUUCUUGACUUGCGUAUUAAGCAUUGUUACGACAUGUAACGUACAGUGGAAUUAUCAAACGGUGUAGUAAAGUUGCAACUGUGCAAAACUAUAAUUGUCAUUUUUGGUGUUUCUUUAUUUCCCGCUCCAUUAUUUUGUAGGAAUAGAGUGAUGGAGGCCUACCUUCCAAAAUGAUUACCUGUCUGUGAGAUCGUUUGCCAGUUUUUCCGCGUUUCCGAAAUAGGUAACGAUGGAAUUCCAUUUUUACUUGGUUACUUUAUUUUUGAAUUCCGCGUUUCUGAUUAAUUAUCACAGUUUCGCGGGAUCGAAAAAGGCAAUUCAAGCUUCCGCAGUAGCGUACAACGUUUUCAGUCUAAACAAAUCUGCGCCAGAUUACAGAGCCAACUUACACUACCCUAGUUCACGACGUGCCACAUGUACAUGUCCAAAGUCCAAGUCAUACGUUGUUUUUUUUUGGGGGGGGGAAUAAACUAAGACAUACUGGGGUCAACAUAAAAUCACCUUAUGUAAAUGUCUUUAUUAUAAACGCAUGUAGCGAAAAAUGUUGCCUGUUUGGAGCAACAUUUUCACGGUGUUAUUUUUUUUACUUAAACGAAUUGUUUUUGUUUUUGUUUUUUAAAUACAUACAUUUUCAGCUACAAGGGUAUAUUUUGUUUACACCAGACGACGCACGAUCAAUUAAUGUUGGCUUGUCACUGACCGGAAAUCUCGAUCUUAUCCAAUCUCAGUGAAAUGUUUACAUGUUAUCUUUGGCUCCCAGGAGAAUAAAGUGCUAAUGAGUCUCCAUUGGAGCAUUUGCAAAAAUUUCAUUGUGUAGCGCCAUCGUAUUUCAUGCAUUGAGGCUAGCCCAUUGCUUGCCCAGCAAAUGUGAACUUAAACCGCCUCCAUGUUUAUUACCCUUUAUGUGUUUUACCAAGAUUAUGUAAUCGGACAGGAGCAAAUACAAACUCCGUGCGUUCGAUUGCUACCCCCGCGUUUCUCGUGCAAGCGCGACAGCGUUUGAUUUACCUCUCACAUGACUAUUGGCGCUUAUUCGAUCCUGGCCCAAGUAACUGACUCGCCGAACCGCAACGUCCGGCGGUCGCCUCAGGACGUGUCCAAAACGGGCUUCCACGGGGCAUAGAGCUACAAACCUUAUGUAGCGCUAUGAUAUUUUGCCCAGCAAACCACGGGGAAAACGAGUUGUUUGUUAAUCGGCCUAAUGAGUGAACGAGCGAAGAAAAAUCUCUAAAUUAUUUGAAAGAAAUAUUUUGACAUUUUUAUUUGACAUAAUGAUUUGCAAGCAUAUUUGAAUAUUUUUUUUUGGAGGGGGGAUUGUUUUGAACUUAUUCAAGUCUCCCACGUUAGGCCUAAUUUAAGUCAAGUAUACGGACAACCAGCAAAUUUGGUGCCUGUUUUGGAAUACCUUACAACUUUCCUGAGAUCAGCUUCAGCUAAAUAUUUCGACAAAAACAACAUUCUAGGAUCUCGAUUUCCAAUUAAAAGUUGCUGCCUCAUGUUUUGAAUUGGGCCUGAAUUUCAGCGUCAAAGACACUUGUUUCGC